UGCCGUCCCGUGCCGGUCCGUGCCGUGCCCGGUGCUGUCCCGUGCCGGGGAGGGGCAGGACCCGGUGCGCGUUGCGCAAGGCCCGGGGCAGGGCUCGGGGCUCUACAAAAGCUCCGCGGGGCGCGGGUGUUGCGAGGGUAGCGCCAUGAAGCCGGGGUCGCUGCUGUUGCUGGUGCUGCUGGUGGCCCUCCUGGCCCCGCUGGGCGAGUGCCGGUUGGACCCGGAGCUCGUCCUGGCAGGGAAGUUUGGCGAGUGCCCUGCGCCCAGGAGGACCUCCAGCACCAAGUGCGGCAACUUCUGCUCUACGAAUGAGAACUGCCCGGGCAGCGAACUCUGCUGCAGCAAUGGCUGUGGAAUGGAGUGCAGGAUGCCCAUUGGAGCCAAGGCAGGUUUCUGCCCACGGGUGAACUCCGACAUGAUGAGCAUCUGCCUGGUGCAGUGCAGCAGCGACAGCGACUGCGAGGGCAACGGCAAGUGCUGCAGCAUGGCCUGCCACGUCCACUGCACAAGCCCGGUGCCAGCCAAACCAGGAGUCUGCCCCAAGAGAAGGUUGCGGUACACCUUACUCCCUUGCAACAGCACCUGCAGAGACGACAGCGACUGUCCCGGCAGAGACAAGUGCUGCUUCACGGGCUGCAGCCUCGGCUGCAUGGCCCCGGCCAGACGGAGGGGCUACAGCCCCGCUGCCUCCCUGCUGGGCUGGGGCUGGGGCUGCCGCCAGUGUCCUGCUCUCAUCUCCAGCCCCGUGCUCCGAAGUGACAUCUGCCACUUGCCCCCGGAGCACGGCCCGUGCAGGGGCCUCUUCUAUCGCUACGCCUACAGCCCUGCCACGGGGACGUGCCGGCUGUUCCUCUACGGCGGCUGCAGGGGGAACGCCAACAACUUCGAGACCCUGGGGGAGUGCCAGCGGGUCUGCCAGCGGGGGAGAGCCAACGAGUGACCCCGAGGGACACACAGCCCGGCCAUGCCUGCAGCGGGGUCAGCCCCUGCCCCCUGCCCUCUCAAUAAAGCCGCCAGACUCCUGGCUUGCAGCAUCA